AUGAAGGUUCAACUCUUUGUUGUUCUUCUCCUCUGGAUAUUUGUUGAAUUGCCUGUGUUAAUAACUAGUUUUAUGCCACCUUACGAAUCCGAACCGACCCUGCCUGAUUCUUCGGUCAUCAUUGCAUACAACCGGUCUACCGAUAUCGAAAAGCAUUGCAGCUCUUUUCUAACCUUAGCUUCUGAACUAAAACCUGAUGUCAACAGGGGAAGUAGGCUCAAGAAUGAACUCUCCUUCUAUCUUGGUGAUUGGGAGCAGGAAACUGAUGAGGCACCAUUGAUACAAUUUGAUGACAAUGGCAACCUUGAGAGCAGUCAACCUCCAACUUCCCUAUUUAAGUUAGCUUCCUUUGAGGUAAGGGAUGUCAACUCCAUCCAGCAACUUCAAAACACAGUAAGUCUUGGAGGGGUUCUAUCUGUAGGCAUAUCCAAAGACUGGUCAUUUUCUUAUGGUGGCAUAGAGCCUAAUAUGAAUCCAGGCUCAUCGGUCGUGAAGAUUGUUUUCGAAGGGGUUUAUAUGGAGGUAGAAGAUGAUGGAGAAGAACGUUUGAUGUGCUUGGUAGGAAGUUCAACUUCAACCUUGCCUUGUACCGACACAUGUGACAAUGAUGUGUUCUGGGCGCUUCAAACCGGCGAUGUUCCCACUUAUAAUCACCGCCAUAUUCGUUUCUUACAAGAUGAUCAAGUUUUGCUUGUUUUACGCUAUCCUAAAAGCUUCAACUUGACACAAAGAGCAAUCUAUGGAGAAAUGACAAGUCUAAAUGAACAAGGAGGGCAAAGGUACUUCAGUAAAGUUCAUAUAUCUUCUCAGUUGAGUGGCCACUCGAAAUAUCAAUUUAGUUCGGAAUUGGUCCAAUCCACAACUUUUGAUCCACCCCCUUACCAAGAUGAGUUGAUGGAAGAUGGUGUCCUUAUGCUUACUGGUAGAGAGUUCUGCCGAGUACUUCACCAUGAGUAUCGAGAAAUAUGUUUAAGCAUUGCUCCAAAUUACAGGUUCAACAGCAGCGAUAAGAACCAGAUCCAUGGCAAAUUCGGCCCUUUCGUUAUCGAGAAGGAGAUGCAGGCUACUGGUAUUUUGAGUAUUGAUGAGGUUAAGCUCAUUUUCCAGCAUGUCAAAUGCGAGCAAGAUACAAACAGAACCGGCAGUGCAAAGGUGACUGCAGUGCUGAGAUCAGUUGCCAAAACAAGUUUCCAACACUUGGAAAGAUUACGAACUGGCCUUUCAGGGUCGACAUUAGCUGUUGAGGGUAUAUGGAAUUCUUCUUCUGGACAGCUUUCCAUGGUUGGAUGUCAAGGGACGGUGGACUCCGGACCCGAAGGAUGUGAUUAUGUGAUCUCAAUGUACUUCCCACGUUCACUUUCCAUUAAGCAGAGAAGCUUCCUGUUUGGAACCAUAUCCAACGUGAAAAAGGAUACAGGUUUGGACAAUCCUUUAUAUUUUAAUGCAAUGCGAGGCAUAAACACCGGAGAUUUCACUGAAUAUUUAUCUUAUAAUUAUUCCAUGAUCAAGUUGGUCAAUGCAUUUGAGAGGAGAACAAUACCUUAUCAAGUUUUAAGCAUUGCCAAGCAAUGGCUCUUCAAGUAUCCAGCUCUAAAGGAUGCAGAAGAACCACUUGCUCAGUUAAACCAACUGACCAGAAAACUUGCUUCAGAUGGCUCUGUAGUAGUUCCAGAUGAUCAGUUGAUUGCUGGACCGAAAUCUCGAGCCCUCGUUCAGAUCAAGGUGCUUUCUUUAGGUCCAUUAUUAAUGGACGGAAAUCUUAGAAACAAAACAGUCAUUACAAAAGAUGAGCUUACUAGCUGCCGGUUCUGGAAUGUAUCGAUGCAUCUCGCAUUCAAAACCGAGGAAGAACUCAAGAAAACAAUAUAUAAAGAUGUUUCAGAAUUGUCCCUGGAAGGCGUAUAUGAUCCUAGUUUGGGUGAGAUGCAUUUGGUCGGAUGUAGGAAGGCUUUGGUCGGGAGUAUGGGCAUAGAACGAGGCCAAGAUUGUCUUAUAUCAGUGAAAAUUCAGUAUCCACCACUGAAUUUACAAUUGUGGAAAAAACCAACUGCUAAGAUCACCAUCAACAGCCAAAGGAAAGUCGGUGAUCCCCUCUACUUUAACUUGAUCAACAUUCAUGUUCAUUUGAGUUAUUAUCUAGAUUAUUUCGAAGCAGAUACUCAACGAGCAUACUUCGAGGCAAUCUUAGGCAGUCUAGUGCUCACCAUGUCGAUUGCAAUCAUAUGGAACCAGCUGUUAUACAUGAAGGUAAAUGCAGACAUUGUUCCAUACAUAUCUACUACCAUGCUUGCUUUUCAGUUCCUUGGAUAUAGCCUUCCACUGAUCUGUAAUGCCAAAGUCGUGUUGAAAUCAAUGGUACCUAAAGAUUAUGAAUGGCCUCCUCCAGCAAAUGGAAUGUUGAAAUUUGUUCAAAGUUUUGAACAGGCUCUUUUGCUGGUCAUGUUACUACUUAUUGCAAGACUUGUCCAUAUGGUAGUAGAAUCUAGAAGCAAGACCAUGUCUGAUGCUCCUAGAGAGAAAAGGGUUAUGUUGACUACCAUGGCCAUGGCCAUAUACGCUUAUGGAGUUCUUAUUUUGCUUGUUGCUGUUGAUAAACAAAAUGGGCAUGUAUGGCAGAUUUGGAUGGAUGUAAUGGUGUAUCUUGUUUAUGUUUUUCAAGAUUUCUUUCUGCUUCCUCAGAUUAUUAGCAAUAGACUGAUGGCAAUGCCUGUUAAGUGCUUGAGGGAAGGCUAUUACCUUGGAUUAACCACAGUAAGGUUGCUUGUGCUCUAUUUUGACUACUUAAUGGAUCCUACUAUAUAUACCAGAGUGGGAAGAUUUGAUUUCUCAAGUUUAAGCUCAACAAGUCUAACCCUUUCUCCGGUUGCUGCUCCUGUUUUAUGUGCAAUUAUAGUGUACAUACAGCAGAACAAGAAACACCAGAAGCAUAGAAGUCUCCAAAGGGUAAGCAGAUAUGUCGUUUGCAUUAUUACAGCAUUUCUAAUAUUAUCCUUUGUUUGUCCUGUUUAUGUUGAAGUAUAG